GAGCCCCACGCCCUCACGGGCGCGCGCUCGGUGGUUGCGGCUCGGGCGCGCGCCGGCUCCUCCUCCUCGUUUCCCUCUCCGCUCCCCCCGCCCUCAGCUGUUGCCUCGCGCGCCGCCGCUCCUCGCAGUCUCGCGCUCCCCUCGCUGUCCGUUGUUUGCGGCGCGCGGAGCGCCUAAAAUGACUGGGUGAAUUCAGUGGAAUAAAUGGCGUCCAAAGUAACUGAUGCUAUAGUUUGGUACCAGAAAAAGAUUGGGGCAUAUGAUCAACAAAUAUGGGAAAAAUCAGUAGAACAAAGAGAAAUCAAGGGUUUGAGAAACAAACCAAAGAAAACAGGACAUGUAAAACCAGACCUCAUAGAUGUUGACCUUGUACGAGGAUCUGCUUUUGCUAAAGCAAAACCCGAAAGUCCUUGGACAUCUCUGACCCGCAAAGGAAUCGUGAGAGUUGUUUUCUUUCCAUUCUUCUACAGGUGGUGGCUACAAGUGACAUCGAGAGUCAUCUUUUUUUGGCUGCUUGUUCUUUACCUUCUUCAAGUUGCUGCUGUAGUGUUAUUCUGUACAGCCCAGAGCCCACAUAAUAUACCUCUGACUGAAGUAAUUGGGCCAAUAUGGCUCAUGUUGCUACUUGGAACUGUACACUGUCAGAUUGUUUCAACACGAACCCCUAAGCCUCCUCCCAGCACAGGGGUUAAAAGAAGAAGGAAAUUAAGGAAAGCAGCACAUUUGGAAGUACAUAGGGAAGGAGAUGGCUCUAGUACCACAGAUAACACACAGGAGGGAACAGUGCAGAGCUACGGUACAAGCACCUCUUACAGUAUUGGCGCUGUCUUCAGAGAUAUCUGGCAUGCCGCUUUCUUUUUAUCAGGAUCUAAGAAAGCAAAAAACUCAAUAGAUAAAUCCACUGAGACUGAUAAUGGCUACGUGUCCCUUGAUGGGAAAAAGACAGGUAAAAGCAGUGAAGAAUGUGCACAGGCCCAGGAGCGUCUCUGUGAGGUGAUUAGGCCAGAGGAGUCGGGCUGGAGCACCACAACCAUGAGAGAGACCUUCAGCACCCCCAGCCAUCACAAGGAGACUCACAGGACUGUGACCAACUUAUCAGAUGAAGUUUCUAGUGAGGAGGGGCCUGAAACUGGGUACUCUUUACGCCGCAAUGUAGAACGCACUUCUAGUGAUGGCGCUCUUCGAAACAGAAAAUCUCACCAUUACAAGAAACACUAUCCUUUGGAGGAUACCCCUAAAUCAGGUACUAGCUGCAGUUCUCGGUGUUCAAGCUCCAGGCAGGAUUCUGAGAGUGCAAGGCCAGAAUCAGAAACUGAAGAUGUGUGGGAGGACCUCCUACACUGUGCAGAGUGCCACUCUUCCUGUACCAGUGAGACGGAUGUAGAAAGUCCUCAAAUGAAUCCAUGUGUGAAGAAAGAAUAUAGAGAUGACCCAUUUCAUCAGAGUCACUUGCCUUGGAUCCAUAGUUUGAAUCCAGGACUAGAAAAAAUAAGUGCAAUUGUAUGGGAGGGGAACGACUGCAAGAAAGCAGAUAUGUCUGUGCUUGAAAUCAGUGGUAUGAUAAUGAACAGAGUGAACAGCUAUAUACCAGGAAUCGGUUAUCAGAUUUUUGGAAACAUCAUAUCUUUAGUCUUGGGUUUAAUGCCAUUUGUAUUUCGACUUUCCCAAGCUAAAGAUUUGGAACAGCUAGCUGCACAUUCUGCCACUGAACUUUGCAUUACAGCAUUUGGAUCAAAUGGAGACAUACUGGUUCUCUCAAUGGUUGUUAUAAGUUUUGUGGUCCGUGUGUCUCUAGUGUGGAUUUUCUUUUUCCUGCUGUGUGUAGCAGAGAGAACUUACAAACAGAGGUUACUUUUUGCUAAACUUUUUGGUCAUCUAACAUCUGCCAGAAGGGCAAGAAAAUCAGAGGUUCCUCACUUCCGUUUGAAGAAAGUACAGAAUAUAAAAAUGUGGCUUUCUCUCAGGUCCUAUCUAAAGCGUCGAGGUCCUCAGCGCUCAGUUGAUGUAAUAGUUUCAUCUGCCUUCCUCCUGACUAUCUCAGUUGUAUUUAUCUGUUGUGCACAGCUGCUUCACAUGCAUGAGAUCUUCCUUGAUUGUCACUACAAUUGGGAACUAGUAAUUUGGUGCAUUUCACUAACACUUUUUCUAUUGAGAUUUGUUACUCUUGGAUCUGAAACCAGUAAAAAAUACAGCAAUACCUCAAUAUUACUUACUGAGCAGAUAAAUCUGUACUUGAAAAUGGAGAAAAAGCCUAAUAAGAAGGAGGAACUGACACUAGUGAACAACGUUUUAAAACUUGCCACUAAGUUAUUGAAGGAACUGGACAGUCCGUUUAGGUUAUAUGGGCUUACAAUGAAUCCGCUCCUUUAUAAUAUCACCCAAGUUGUCAUCCUGUCUGCUGUCUCUGGUGUCAUCAGUGACCUGCUUGGAUUUAAUCUAAAGCUCUGGAAGAUCAAAUCUUGAUAAUAUGCUAAGAAGAUGAGAUAACAGUGUUAUAGAAGAGCUCAUUCAUUGACAGAACUGCCUCAAAGCAGCCACUGAAUCUGUAUUUCAGAAACUACAACCUCUUAAAGGAUGUUGUUUGGAAAACUGAAGUGUUUACAUCUGACUGUCUUGUGCAAUCUUAGUAUUUAUUUCAUCUUCUCACUAUUUUAUUUUCAUUCUAGUUGACAUUUUUAUUUUCAAAAAUAUUUGUUUAGAUUUGGAAAGGAUCAGAGUUGGGAAGGUCAAAAACUGAGUGUCUGACAACUUGAAAUCUUAGCAACUGAAUACACUAUAUUACUGUAUUUGUUGUUAAAGCUGAAGCCAAUGUUGAACGUUUUUAGUUGCAGUAGUGCUGUAUGGAAGUCAUUUGAGUUAAGUGUGGUAACAUGGCUUAGGAUUUUUUAUUUGCACCCAUUGUUUAUGAGGAUGGAACAUGAGAACAUCAAUAGAUGUUUGGUUGCAAUAAAGAGGACAUAAAAAGUAAAGUACUGACAAUACAGUAUGACAGAUAGCAGAAAUAUUUUAUAUUACUAUAAGAAACAAGUGGGAGUUUUAAUAUUUUGAAUAAUUCCAGGAUCAAAACUGAUUUAGGCUGCAGUUUGAAUAUCCUGGGAUAGUAAUAAGGUAUUACAUAACAGGUCAACAAGUGCUCUUUGUUAACACUUUUAUUAGAGCAAUAAUUGUAAAUGGUUACCAUACUGUAUAAUAUUUUGAUAAAAAUUAAAUAUUGUAUUUAUUUGAAAUACUGGGCUGUUCUGCGCAGCUCUGACUGUGCAUGCUCAAUAUCUGCACUUUUUAUUGUUACUUUUAAUGAGAAACUUUAUAUAUAUACAUAUAAAUGUAUAUUAAUUGGAAUAUAUUAUGGUGAACGAUGGAGCAGUAUAUAUUAUAUGUUAAAGCUAAAUAUUUAAAUAGGCAAAAGACAUACUGGUGGAAGGAAUGCUAUAAGUGACUGAGCGUAAGAUAGAUGCUCUCCUGAUGUACACUAUAGUAUAUGCCAUUCAUACCACAUAGAAGUUUAAGAACAGCUAAAUAGCAAACGAGUCUUUCUGGUGGACAACAGAAUGAAUGAAGCCUCACGUUCUCAUAUUUGUCUCUUCAGAUUAAUCUCCUUUGCCCUACGCCUCCCCAGCAUGGGGUAUUCCCUCAUGCUUUCCCAGUGAGCGUGAGCUUCUCCCCUUCCUUCUGACACUGCCUCUCACACGGCCCGCUCAUACUGACUCAUUGUGAAUGUUCACCUCAUGUAAUUGAUUUGGAAGUGCAAAUGUUGUUUCAGGUAACUUAUGUGAGGAGAAUUAAUGCCACCAGGCUCAAGUGUUCUUGUACUUUUUGUUUCUGAAAUAAUGGCUUCAUGCUGAAAAAUGAUGAAUAAUAUAAGAGGUGGGGCAUUACACUAUAUUUGCUGAUCUUCAGAACCUUUAAGCAUUUACAGUAAUGCAUCUUGAACUUCUGUGGUAUAAAACUAUUUUUAUAUAUAAAGCAACACAAACAAGCAUUUUGUAUUUUAUUUGCCUCUGUACUAAUGUUUAUUAAUGACCAAAGUGCAUUCUGGCUUUUGAAAGAAUGUAUUACUGGAGCUUUAAGAACAUACUAUCUUUAGUUUCUCAUGUGGAAACUUGGGCUGCAUCCGAUCUGUUUCUUCUUUUUCUGUUGUCUGAUGCUGGGAUUGUUUUAAAAAAUUAAGUACAUUUUAUAUACAGGUUUUUCCAAAUUAUGGUACAGAGCUACACAGAACUUAAUUUUGCACAAAAUAUGUUUUAAGAAAAAAGCGCAGCUGGAGUUCUCUAGGGGAUAGAAGAUGAGGCUGUUGCUUUUACAGCUUGUCACUAUUUCAAAGCCACUCUUCAAUUUAGAAUGGAAUUAUUUGAAAAAAAAAUCUUGAACAGUGAAUAUACUGCUUUCAGUACCUUAAGGAAAAAAGAAGGUGGGAAUGCGUUGCAGUUUCGGUUGAAUGGGAAAUUAGUUUAACCACAUAUACCUCAGCAACUAUCACUGUGCUGGAUUGUUGCACUAACAAUGGUUACUUGGGAAAAGUAAAGUAUGUGUGAAAUGAAAUUAAAAAUAAUAAAAACCUUUUAUUUGCUACCAUUAGGUAUAUUCAUUAUCUCAAAAAUGGGAGAGGUUUAUCGCAUCCCUCAAUAUGAAAAUCCAGUAUGAAAAUGGAGGCAAGUAGAAAUAUGGCAGAUCUUGCAUGCUGAUGGUUACUUUUGCCACGUGUUUUGUAACUGCGAGUGUGAUCAGGCGUGGAAUAAAGCUUUCUAUGGUUGAUGGUGAAAAAGGAGAAAAAAAGUGCAGCGAGCUGUAUCUUUUAGUAAUACCCAGCACAUUUCUGAGUCUUCUGUUUUGAUUGAAGUCCGCGCUUACGACUAUGCGUUCUGUUUGAUUUAAAACACUUGGGAGGGAAAUGUUGCACAUGGAGGGCAAGUGGUGGCUGUCAAAAUUGAACUUCAUUGCAAGAGCAGAAGCUUUCCCACACGUUAGUUAUACAAAGUAAUUUUUUAAUAGGACUGGAGAUGCAGAUCUCAAAUAAACAUUUCCAUCUGAAAAAUACUGCAGCAGAUUCAGCCCUAUUUCACAGUUGUUUAAGGGAUUAAUUUUAAUCCCCAUUCUGACUGUUUAAUGUAAUAUAAUAUAUGUAUAUAUAUUUCUUUCCAGAAGCUUAUUCUUUGGACAUGUUUCACUUGUGGCAUCUCCCUGGCCACUGAGAAUUUGGCACCAGAUUGCACCACGCUCUUGUGUUUGUUUGCUCACUUUCUAAAUUUGCUCCAAAUGUAGGUGGGUUACAAAUAAAAUUUUCUUUUGAGGGUAAUGAAGGAUGGUGUUAUACAGUAAGAAGCUAACAUCUUCUGAGAGCCAUUCUUUUAAACAUUCAUCUCUGGAUGGCACCUUAAUGUGACAGAGUUCUUGAGUGUGUGUUAAAAAUGUUGCCAGGAAGUAUCUUAGACAUAAUGCGUGUUUACUUAGUACCUUCCAAAAUGCUCGUGGAACUUGAAGAGGAUAGAAUAUGACUGAUGCAUCACUGCUUACUGCCUUCUUUCAAGUUCUGCUCUAUUUUUAUCAGUUCUGACUUCCUUAAAGCUGUCUCCUUCAAU